GCCAAGAGCCGCUGGGUUGUGCUAUCGUGCGCCGGGUACAAGUCCGCGCCAUCUAGUCCAAGGGCGUUGAAGGUUUCAACCGUAUUGAAUCUUCUUGGCAGUUGGCAGACAGGAGAGGAGAGAGAGAGAGAGAGAGAGAGAGAUUCAGGUAAGAAACGAUCUAGCAGCCCACGCAUUAUAACUGCAAUAAAGUAAUGAAAAAUUGCGAUCAGAAUUUGAAAUUGAUAGUGGAAAAUGACAGGAAAGAUAAAUAGCACGAUUCUUCUUCUCGUUUCUUCAUACAGAUGAAGUUCGUAGCUUUCUCUCUCUAGAAUUUUCUCUCUCUGGCGGUUCUCUCUGCGGAAGGAAUUGAAGGCGCGAUUGAGGGGAGGACGCACGGCGAGGAUGAUGACAAUUGAGGGGAUGAUGGACGUCGUCGUCCUGGACGACAUAAUUCGGCGGCUGUUGGAGGGGAAAGGAGGGGGCAAGCAGGUACAGCUCAUGGAAGCUGAGAUCCGCCAGCUCUGCGUCAACGCCCGCCAUAUCUUUCUCUCUCAGCCCAACCUCCUCAACCUCCACGCACCCAUUCGGAUCUGCGGUGAUAUACAUGGACAAUACCAAGAUCUUUUGAGACUCUUUGAAUAUGGUGGCUACCCGCCUGCAGCAAACUACCUCUUUCUUGGGGAUUAUGUAGAUAGAGGCAAGCAAAGUUUGGAGACCAUUUGUUUGCUCCUGGCCUACAAAAUUAGAUAUCCCAACAAAAUUUUCUUAUUACGGGGAAACCAUGAAGAUGCAAAAAUCAAUCGGAUCUACGGUUUUUAUGAUGAGUGUAAAAGGAGGUUUAAUGUUCGUCUUUGGAAGAUAUUCACAGACUGCUUUAAUUGUUUGCCGGUGGCUGCUCUCAUUGAUGGAAAGAUACUUUGUAUGCAUGGGGGUUUGUCUCCAGAGUUGCAAAGUUUGGAUCAAAUAAAGGAAAUCCAGAGGCCCACUGAUGUUCCUGAUAGUGGUCUUCUAUGCGAUCUGCUCUGGUCUGAUCCUGAUCCAAGGGCUGAGGGAUGGUCAGAAAGUGAUAGAGGUGUUUCGUGUACUUUUGGACCUGAUAGGGUUGCUGAGUUUUUGGAUAAGAAUGAUCUCGACCUCAUUUGCCGAGGUCAUCAGGUAGUGGAGGAUGGAUAUGAAUUCUUUGCUAAACGAAGAUUGGUCACAAUAUUUUCAGCUCCAAACUAUGGUGGGGAAUUUGACAAUGCAGGUGCAUUGUUGAGUGUUGAUGAAGCUCUAGUUUGUUCGUUUGAGAUAUUGAAACCUGUUGAAAAUAAGCCGUCAUCAAGUGGAUCGAACACAUCUAAGAUGAAUUUCAAGAAGCUCCCUAAAGCUGGGAAGGUCUAAUUAGUGGAAAGGGUUUAUUUGAUGAUUUCUUGCUGCUCAAGGGGGAGAGAGCUUCCUCAAGUUGUAGUGGAGUUUGAAUCUGUCAAUGGAUGGGCAUCAUAAUAGGGAAGCCUUCUUAUUCCACCCAGAACCAAAUUUAUGGAGCCAUUGAAGCUUGCUGAUGAGUUAAUUGCAAUGGAAAGUACAAAAAAAUUUGUAGAUUAGCAAAUAUCACACACACUCUUCUCGCAUGCAGGAUUGGAGAUUUUGUUUUUUCAUUUUGGAUGGCCUUUUGGCUACUUAUGUAUCUGCUAACUAGUGAUCCAUUUGCAAUUACUAAUUCAGGGUGAACCCGCCUCUUGUUUUC